AGAAUAACAAAACAAUGGCCUCUAAUUUCGAAUCGGCCCUGCACGCGAUAGAUAAUGCGCACUCAGACGAUCCCAAUGUCGUGACAAUUGACGACAAACAGGUUCCCUAUGAACUUCACUACGCCAACAAAAUGUCCAAAUACCUCACCCUGCACACUCCGUCCCCGUCAGACCUCCUCCGUCUAGCGGUGCGCGCGCAGCACCUUCGCCGAUGGGAAGUACCUCGCUCUUCCUACCCAAUGAACAAAAUAGGCUAUCUAUCAUGGAGAGCAGCUUUAAAGAAGCGCCAUGCCAGCUUGGUGGAGGAGAUUUGUUUGAAUUCUGGCUAUUCGGCCGCGGACUCGGAGAGGGUUGCGGCUCUGGUUCGGAAGGAGAACAUGAAGACGGACGAGGAGUGUCAGAUCCUGGAGGACGUUGCGUGCUUGGUGUUCCUGGAUAACCAGUUCGAGGAGUUUGAGCGGGAGCACGACGAGGAGAAGGUGAUAGGGAUUCUCAGGAAAACAUGGGGCAAGAUGUCCGACAGGGGACAUGAGCUGGCUCUGGAGAUCCCGCUGUCAAGCAGAGGCAAGGAACUGAUUACGAGGGCCUUGACGUAGAGAUAUAAGCAUUGGGAGACUUCAUUCGAAUUUUGCUUAUUGGGUAUAGUCUAAACUAUCCUGCAAAGUCUGUAAGCACCGGUUUACUCCUGGUGUCUUUUCCCCUUAUUAUAGCGCCGAACCCCAAGGACAAGAACCAAUCAAUCGCAGAGAGUACUCGCUGAAAUCGAAAGCACCAAACCUCCAACCAAGAUCAUCUGAAGUCCGCCCUUGAUGCCGGCGAUAAUGUUGUCCCUACCAUACCAGCCGCGAACGAUGCAGGUUUUGAUGUAUCCAAAGACGAGGAGCGUGA